GGUGUCACACGGACGGCCAUGUUUCCGAAACACAAACAACAAGAAGAGUAGCGACUGGGAGCCAGCAGACACAUACUGAUACGCAGCAGCGUCCGUGGGAGGAGAGGGGGAAUUAAUAAAUAAAAUACGGAGCACGACUUUCUGAAAGUGCGAUUCUGUCGAAUGACUACGUUUACAGUGUUUCCAGAGACCAAUGCAGACGUCAUUUUGGCUGUAGACAAGCCGUGCAGACAAGCGUUCUGGUAGCUAUAAACAGUGAAGCGGUGCAAAGGGAGGAGGACAGGAAAUAAAGGAGUCACCGAAGGGGAAUCUGUCAAUCCAAAUUUCUGGUGGAGUGAGAGAAGAGGACACGGCUGGAGAAGAGGAAGGAGUCGUGUAUAGUGUGUCGUGUCGGCUCUUGGCAGCUGUUCUAGCAGCCUGUUUUAAUUGUUUUGGGCUGUUUUUUUUGUUUUGUUUUUGUUUCUGCGUUACCUUUUGGAUUAAUAAGUUCAUAUUUUUAACUUUAUUGUGGCAUAUAACUGCUGUAGUAAAACAAAAAAGACAGAAAACUUAACAAGAAAGAGGGUUUUUAGUUUGUUCCAUUGUUAAGUUCCAAGGUUCUUUUUUGUUCCUUUUUUUAAGUUUAACAACUUUUUUUCUUUUUUGGCUGUGAGUAGCAGGAGCUUCCAUUCUCCCAAAUAUCCUAAAACCCCACUUCCUCAAAUAGUUAGGACCUGAUAACCUGGUAUUCCUCAAGCACCUGAAAGUGGCAGCUAUUCUCUUUUUGUCUAUGUGUUUGGGGAGCUCUGUGACCACAGCUUAAACACCACUCAGCCUUCUAGUCACCUAAGCCUAACUAAAGCCAGCUCUCGCCUGGUUCAACCAAGUCCAGCCUGCUCCGAUCAUCUGGACAGGAUACUCAGUUCUCUGUGGACAUAAGAAUAUGACUGCUGAGACUCUAAACUUCGGCCCAGAAUGGCUCCGUGCACUGUCCAGUGGGGGGAGUGUGACGUCCCCCCCUCCUUCCCCCGCCAUGCCAAAGUACAAGCUGGCCGAGUACCGCUACGGCCGAGAGGAGAUGUUAGCACUUUAUAUCAAAGACAACAAGGUCCCAGAAGACAUGCAGGAUAAGGAGUUUGCUGCUAUUCUGCAGGAUGAGCCCUUGCAGCCACUGGCACUGGUGCCUCUCACUGAGGAGGAGCAGAGAAAUUUCUCCAUGUCUGUGAAUAGUGUGGCAGUGCUGAGGCUCACGGGAAAAGUCGGUGGGGCUUCCCCUGCUGGAGUGGUCCGUGGACGAGGGGCCACACGAGGCGGUCGAGGCCGAGGUCGUGGUGAAGGUGGAUUCUACCAAAGAAGUAUUGAAGAUGUGGAGGUCGGGUUUGGUCGCAGCGCGCGGGAGAUACAUCGCAGCCAGAGCUGGGAUGACAGGGGUGAGCGUCGGUUUGAGAAGCCGCUGCGACGGGAGGUGGGGCGACCUGGAUUUGAAGACCCUGUAAAUCCCGUGGGUCCAGGGAGGAAGGAGUAUACAAGGGCUGACAGAGAUAACUGGCGCACACUACGGGAAGAGCAAGAAGAGGACGACGGGGAGCCAGGCAGCAACUGGAGACUGACUGGACUCCGGAGAGAUGAUGGUGGUCCACGCUCAGCAGGCUGGCGGGACCACGGCGGUCCGAACGAGGGUCGUCGCAGGAAGUUUGAUUUUGACUUCCGGGACUCCGAGGGUCAUGGAAGUGGCCGUCGGCGUGCAGGCAGCGAGGGGCUUGAGGAGGACAGGGAUGGUCUGCCAGAGUGGUGCACAGAUGAAGAGGAUGGGGAAAUGGGCACGUUUGACUCCUCCGGAGCGUUCAUGCCAAUGAAGAAGGGGGGCAAGGAGACAAUCCUGGAGGAAGAGUUAGAGUUCAAGGGGAUAGAGGAGGAAGAGGAGGAGAGUUUCCCUGAUGCAGACAAAAACAGUGCUGAUGGAGACAAAGAAAGUAAAGAAAUCAUCUCUGCCUUUGCUGACGGUGAAGUGAAGCCAGCAUCGCCCUCCUCUUCUCCUGCAACACACUGUACUCCUCCAUCCCUGGAGCCUCUACCUAGCAACCCUGGCCCAGUGGUGGAUAAGACUUCGCUGAGCAACAGUCUCCCCAUCAAAGCCAACAGCCCACCUGGAGAAGACAAUGCACCAAUAGGGGUCUCCAAAACCCAGUUGAGCCCCAGUGCUGCAACAUCUUCCAAUCUGCCUCCUCCACCGCCUUCCUCUGCUGCUCCGCUCCUCCCUCCGUCUGGAGGAGACAAUGAGGAUGACGAGGGCAUGAAGCACCUGCAGCAGGAGGCAGAGAAGAUGGUGGCAUCACUGCAGGACACCUCCCUAGAGGAGGAGUGCUUCACCCAGGCUCUACAGCAACAGGAAAGCAGGAACACAGCGGCUGCUCUUCCAUUGUCUCACGAGGCUGCCAUGAAGUGGUUUUACAAGGACCCACAGGGAGAAAUCCAAGGUCCAUUUACCACUGUGGAGAUGUGUGAGUGGUUUCAGGCUGGCUACUUCACAAUGACCUUGCUGGUGAAGCGGGGCUGUGAUGAGGGCUUUCAGCCACUGGGGGAUGUCAUCAAGAUGUGGGGCCGCGUACCCUUUGCCCCAGGGCCUUCUCCUCCGCCCCUGCUGGUGAGACAGCCACCACCAACGCAGCGCCCGCAGCCCAACCGAGGGUCCGCUGGGACUGUGAGUCGAAGCUCAUCCAACGUUGAGGUUAUAAAGGGUAACCUGGACCAGGAGCGCCUGAAAAAGCAUCAGGAGCUGGCAGCAGCAGCUCUUUAUUUGCAGCUCCAGCAGCAGCAGCAGCAGCAGCAGCUAUUCCAGCUCAUUAACAGGUGCAGUGAGCAGGGUAUAAUGCCUUCGAUGAACAGGUCGAUGUCAGUGCCAGAUACAGGGUCCAUGUGGGACAUGCAUACCUCAGCUUCACAGCCUUCGGGCGGUGAAGCCAAUCUUUGGGACAUAACAAUGAAUCCUUCUACUCAGGGUCCAACUCUCGAACAGCUUCAAAAGCUCCAGCAGGAGAGGAGAGACGCUGAACUCAGGGCAAAGCGCGAAGAGGAGGAGCAGCGCAAGAGAAGGGAGGAGAAAAGGAGGCAACAGGAGGAGCAGAAAAGGAGGGAGGAGGAAGAGCUAUUCAGACGCAAGCAGUGUCAUCAGCAGCAGGAGCUGAUCAUGAAGUUACUGCAGCAGGCCCGUCAGCAGCAGGGUCCUGUGACAGGCAGCUCAGGCUGGAGCGGGGUUCCUUCCUCUGGGCUCGGCAAAUCAGGGAAGUCCUCGACUCUUGCUCUAAUGGAAAUGCAGCAGGAGGCUGAGAGGCUUCUAAAGCAGCAGAGAGCCCAACAACAGAGAGACCGCCAUCCUGGAAUGUCAAUGGGGAGUUCCUCCAUGGGAGGGCAGUGGGAAGGUGUCGGCAUGUGGGGUGGGCCUGGAGGUAUGGAUAGCAAAAGUGGCAGUGGGGGCUCGUCAGGCAGCAUGGGCAUGUGGGACGAGGCUGUGAAGAAUCAAGCCGGCCUGCGAGGCAACAGCAACAAUAACAUGGGCUUGAAGAACAGUCGCAGCAGCCCGUCUCUCAGUGAUCAGUACAUGAUGCGUCGUAAGAGGACAGAGGAGGAGGAGAAGCUGCUGAAGCUGCUACAGGGCAUGAAGCCUCAGGACGGCUUCACUACCUGGUGUGAACAGAUGCUGCAUGCCCUCAACACCUCUGCCAACAACUCCACCUCUUCUCUGGAUGUCGCCACCAUUGUGGCAUACCUGAAGGAGGUGGAGUCUCCCUAUGCAGUGCUGGACUUCAUCCGGUCCUACUUGGGGGACACAGUGGAAGCCAAAGAGUUCGCCAAACAGUUUCUGGAGCGACGUGCCAAACAGAAAGCCAACCAACAGAGACAACAGCAGCAGCUAUCAAAGGAAGUGGCUGGCCUAAACAUGAACUUCCCUCUACAGGACUCAAUGCGCAGCAUGAACCCAAGCACCCUGCAGUCCAUGUUUCAAGCCAACCACAUGGGGAAGACUAGUCUCUAUGACAACCAGGGGGGGAAGUUGAAAAAGAAACAACCCAUGAUGCUUCACUCUGAUCCAAGCAUCUUAGGUUACUCAUUCCACAAUGCAGCUGAGUGUCCGAGCCUGAAUGAGAUGGAGAUGGUGGAAGAUUACUGAUGUGACGCAGCGCAGCAGCAAUAGCUACCUGAGGCCUUCUGUCUUUUAAUCAGACAAACUAGAUGACGAAUGUGCACUGCUGGGGGAAACCAAGGGGGGGAUAGGAAGGGAGCGCAUGUGAGGGGAGGUACAGGGUGGAGGCGCCAAAGUCUGCACCUCCCACUUUUUCCUUUUCCUCUAGAAAGAAAAAAGGGCUCCCUGCUGUACCAGUUGAUCACUUGAGCAGGGGAGACGGGUGAGAAAGGGUGAGGUUAAAGAGAUGAUGGGUAUCCUCUGGCACUCAAAAGAUUAAGCACCUUAUACUGAACUAAUGCACUUUAUUGAGAUGGGAUUUGAAUUUUUUUUUUUUUCAUGUGUGCGUGUAUGGGAGUGUGUAUGGAGUCGGUGCGCAUACAGUGUGUGUACACCCGCAAUCUGUGUGCGCGCUCGUGCUUUGGAACUGGAAAGCGGGGCAGCGACAGCGUGGGUGGGGGUGAAUGGUCAGGUUGUUAGGUUUUCAAAGUCAUGGGGACCUUUUGUUGAAUGAAACCUUAUCAGAGAGCAAAUCCUUUCUCGAAAGACAAACACUGUUGAUAUUUCUCUUGUUUAGCAUUUUUUUUACGUUUAUAUAAAAAGUAAAGCUAUUGAAAAUGGAUUAUAAAAAGACUUGAAGAUUUGCACUUGCCUAAAGAAAUGAUAAAAAAUCAACAAAAAAAAACAAACAAAACAGAAACAAAUGGGGGUUAGUUAGAGAAGUGAAUAUUUUUUGGUGAAUGUGUUUGAAUGACUGAGUGACUGAUGAGGUGUUUUGUUUGUGUCAGUAAUCUACCAGUCUGCACAACCUUUUUUUUCCUUUUGUUGCUUACCAAGAUGUAUGAAACAUAAGAGGCCAUUUUUGUCUUUUUGGUUUUUUUUUUUAUGGUGUUUUUGUGUUCAUGUUGAGAGAGCAAAUGUGUGUGUGUGUGAGAAUAUGCGGGCCGUCUCUGAACGGCGACUCGACCUCCGUGUGUUUCAAGAGCAUUUGAAUGAAAGAGACAGCGAGAGAGAGAGCAAAUGCACAACAUGUCUUUUCUCUCACCAGCUUUCAAUCCUCACAUGGACAGAUCAGAACUGCAUUUGUAAAUGUCGGCUUCAGCGCUCAUUACACAAAGACCACCACUAGUUUCUUUACCUUUGCUUCUCCCCAUGGAGAGCUGCCUCUAGGCCUGUAAGGACUAGUGGACAGGGCGAAUCAUGUGGGACAGUGUGUGUGCGUGCAUCUGGUUAAGAUGUGUAUGGGGUGUGAGUGCACGUUCCUUUGUCGGUCAUAGAAAUGAGUUUAAGAAUACAGGUACUCAUUUUGAAUACAUGUCAUUUUUUGUAUUUGUAAAAAAAAAAAAAAACAAAAAAAAAAAA